UCGGCCAGGGCUUUGAGAGUGUUUCCGGGUCAGACGUUCCUUUUCCUGCUGCUCAGGGUCUGUAGCUAUGGUGAACGUGCCGAAGACCCGCAGGACUUACUGCAAAAAGUGCAAGAGGCACCAACCACACAAAGUUACACAGUACAAAAAGGGCAAAGACUCUCUGUACGCCCAGGGAAAGAGGCGAUAUGACAGAAAGCAGAGUGGCUAUGGUGGUCAGACAAAGCCAAUUUUCAGAAAGAAGGCUAAGACCACAAAGAAGAUUGUGUUGAGGCUGGAGUGUGUCGAGCCCAACUGCAGGUCCAAAAGGAUGUUGGCCAUCAAGAGAUGCAAGCACUUUGAACUGGGCGGAGACAAGAAGAGAAAGGGCCAGGUGAUCCAGUUCUAGGCUUCUGGACUUUUCCAUUAAUGCCAAUAAAUGAAUUUAAAUAUA